AAAAAAAAAAAUCAUCAGCCCUAAAAGUGGAUUCUGCUAAAGAUGGCAACAGCGCAGGCGAGGCAUUGUGUCGCUGGGUGUGCUCAGACCCUGAACGCAUCAGCACGGUUGAUAAUAAUCGAUGAGGCGUUUAGAGUCGAGCCUACAUCUUGUCUAUUUCCGUGCUAUUUUUUUUUUUUUUUUGAGACGCAUGGUUGUUGUAGGAAGUGUCAGUUUUUUUAAGAUGUGGAGGCCGGGCUAUUCAAACCUGCUAUUCCGCCGUAAACAACCCAUCAUGUCUUUGACACAACGAUAAACACACCUUUUUGUGUCGGUGUCCGCCGCUCUUCUUCCCCGACUGUCGCCUCACGACAACAUGCUCACGCUCCUAAAUUUUUUGGGGGGCUCUGCAGAAUAUGGCGUCCCGCCUUAUAAAAAUAAGGCUGCCAUUUUUGUUUCUCUUUUGUCUGGAAAUGUUUUAAGAAAACUGUCUGAGUGUGUCUGGCUCGUAGCGGGAGGGCGAAUCCGCGUUCAGGCUCCGUCGGAGCCGGUUCAGACCUGCUCUCUGUUCACACAUGUCCGAAAAAAAGUCAAAGGAUGGAAAGUUUCGUGUGUGUUUUUUUAACCUAGUCUUCGCGUUUAGCUGAACAUUUAGGCGACGUUGUGUUUUUGCACGUAUGUUCUUAUAAAUUCACUGUGGAGACAAAAGGAGCAGAGCAUAGAAGCUAAAUGUCUCUAUGUUAGCAAGUGGCAACAUUCAAAAUGAGGUUACUAUUUCAACUGUAGGCCUAAUUUAAAUUAUUGUCACACAUGACAACCACUCUUUUACAAUGUUGACACAGGUCUGGCAUCAGGAAUUGGGGGCUUUUUGGGGCACUUUUUCAUAAAAUUAAACUGGUUUAAGCAUAGAAAUGCAACCUUAGACUCCUGUUUUGCAGUUAAAUACACUUUAAUUUUAGGCAAUCUUCAAAUGAGCAUAAACAUACUGCACUGAAUAUUGUGUUGUAUUUAUAAAUGACUUGUUUACUUUAUAUGAUUUAGCCAGCACCCCCAAACUUCACUUAUUCUGACUUAGUCAAAAUUUGGCCCAUUUGAUCUAUCCCAUUUCAGUAAAACAGUGCUGUGCUAUUGUUACACCUGUCGUCCAAUUAUUUAGAUGUUGUCAAUAGCUUACUUUGGCAAAAAAGUGUGUGAUCAAAACAUGUUUCGUUACUACUUUCAAAUCUAUUAUUGGAGUAAUAUUCACGCCUUACUCUGCAUCUGUUCACACUGUCAUCCACCGUUUCUGCUGUUUUCCAGUGCAGCGUAAUCAUUCAGAUUGGUAUUAUGUGCAAAUCACAAAUUCACGUUGAAAAACAGGCUGAUGGAUAAAACACAUAUGGUUAGUCUCUGCAUUUUGUGUAUGCAAUGCAUUGCACUUACUGCACUUUUUCCAUUAAAACAGGUGGAAACUUCCACUGAUAUGCACUGAUACAACCUCUAUUUUACUUGGACUUCGACUUUGGUAUUUGUCCUAAACAUGUGUUCACAUGUUAUAAUGCCAGUUUUGCAAGCCAAAUUAUCAGUAACCUUUAACAUUCACACUCUCUGGUACCUUCAGACACAAACAUUUAUUAGCAGUCUCCACAUUGAAAAAGUAGAGCAGUUUGAGUUGAGACUGUCUGAAGCUUUAUACUUCAAAUUGUCAUUGCUUUGAAAUAAUACACAUAAUGGCACACAGAUGCCAUCAGUUGCUCCACACAUAGUCCUUAUUGUCAGUGUGCAUUCUCUGUUUACAGAAUUUAUACUUCAGCAUUUUGUGUUGUUCUUUAAGUAAAUGAACCAUUGAGAUGUCUACAAUGUUUGGGAAUCAAAUCAAAUGCAUGGAGUUUUGCAUCAUACACCUUUCAUCUGAUCCAAAUUUGUAAUGAAAUACGAGCUUCUUAAAUACAACUAAAAUAUGACUGAAAUGUAAAUGUUUGUUCGUUUCAGGAUGGCAGAGCCUCGAUUUAACAACCCGUAUUUCUGGCCGCCACCGCCGUCCAUGCCAGGCCAGCUGGAUAACCUGGUGCUCAUUAACAAGAUCAAGGAGCAGCUGAUGGCCGAGAAGAUCCGACCUCUGCACCUGCCUCCUACCUCCAACCCUUCCCAGCAAACUCUGCUGGUGCCCACCUCGUCCCCAGAUGGAAGCACACAGCACGGUAUGCAAAUCCCAAAGCCACAGCAGGUGCCGGGUCACCACACGCAGCCACAAGGCUCUGGACAGCCAGACAUCGCUCUGCAUGCUCGCCCUGCCUCCAGCUCUGGACAAGAUGGAUCUAUGGAUGACAAGUCAGCAGUGAAGGCCAAAGGAUUGUGGGAAGACUGGCACAUGAGACAGCUUGGCGAGCAACCUGGCCGGAUCAACCAUCGCUCAGCUCUGGCUCCUUCAUCCCGGCCUGACAGCCACAGCACCUCAGAGGCCCUGACACCUACAACUCCAACCUCCAGCAGCCAGAACCGCCUGGGUGGGGCCCCCUCUGUGAACAUCAUCUCUGGACUGGCGAGCGGACCUGGCAUGGACCACAUGAAGGCUGGAGGCCUUGCAGGAUUGUUGGGCCCCCCACCCAAGGCACCCAGGGGGCGAAAGAAGAUCAAAGCUGAAAAUGCAUCAGGUCCACUGCUGGUGGUGCCCUACCCCAUCCUAGCUGAUCAAGGCUGUGUCACCAUUGCACCCAAAGAGGGGAAAACCUACAGAUGCAAAGUGUGCCCACUCACCUUCUUAACCAAGUCAGAGAUGCAGAUUCACUCCAAGUCUCACACGGAGGCCAAACCACACAAGUGUCCCCACUGCACCAAGACAUUCGCCAACGCCUCCUACUUGGCGCAGCACCUGCGCAUCCAUCUGGGGAUCAAACCCUAUCACUGCUCUUACUGCGAGAACUCGUUCCGUCAGCUGUCACACCUGCAGCAGCACACCAGAAUCCACACUGGUGAUAGGCCUUAUAAAUGUGCUCACCCUGGAUGUGAAAAGGCUUUUACCCAGCUGUCUAACCUCCAGUCUCACCAGAGGCAGCACAAUAAAGAUAAGCCGUACAAAUGUCCAAACUGCUACCGUGCCUACUCGGACUCCGCAUCAUUGCAGAUUCACUUGUCAGCGCACGCCAUCAAAAACGCUAAGGCCUAUUCCUGUAGCAUGUGUGGCCGUGCAUACACCUCAGAGACCUACCUUAUGAAGCACAUGUCCAAACACACGGUGGUGGAGCACCUAGUGAGCCAUCAGUCGCCCCAGCGGACCGAGUCCCCCAGCAUCCCCAUACGCAUCUCCCUCAUCUGAGCUCCUCGGCCGCUCAGCAGCAGGUCGGAUUUAGAGUCUGUGUUCGGCUGGUUCUUAUGAGGCCCUGCACCUACGGCCAUCUACAUAAGGCUUACAUUAGCAUUAUGACAGCUGACAUACAGUGCACUCAGGCCCACACACUUGUUCGCUUCUCAUGUUGCAGUCUUUUCCUAAAACCUUUGAAAAAUGAGUUUGUCCCUCAAUAUAGUAAGUGAACGUAGUUUUGAGAUUCGCCGGUGGAGACUGAGAUGAUAUUGAAAAGGGGAGUGACUCCGCUGCUUGCAUACAGAAUUCCAUUUGAAUGGAAGUACUUCUCGCUUGAUUUAUAACAUCAGUAAACGUUUUCCUGAGGAGUUAAUGGUCUCAAUCACCAGUCUCAGGUCUUCUUUAAUAGUAUAUAAUGUCAGUCUUGUGAAUUAUCUACCCAUUGAUAGGAAAAUAGAUAGGAAUACACGGCACAUAUCAGUGGACACCAGUGUGACUGACACCUGGUAUCUUGAUCCUGGUCCAAUAGGUGCCUUGUGGCAGCCAUUUCAGUCCCAAGUCCUCUUUGGUAUUAAGCGAUAAGCUCUGUCAGGGUGGAUGUGUUGUCUUGGAUGAAUGCUUAGUGUCAGUGGUUUUUGCAUGAACCCCUCUACCCAAUCUGAUGUUCUGAGGCCGUUUCUGGUCCAUUCGCGACCAAACAUGAUGUAGUCACCUCCAUGUUUCACUGAUGGAAAAGUAUUAUGCAGGUGAGGAGCGAUGCCUGGAUUCCUUAAUGACACUUACAUUUAUGAGCCCAUAUGGUGAGUGAAGAUUGAUGGGGUGGGAUGCAGGGGCAACUUGAUUUAAAUCAUUUUAGCUUAAGGCUGCAACAUAAAGUGUGAACUAAGUGGAGAGGUCUGAAUUCCUUCUGAGGGCGCUGUAAACAUUCAGUGCUAGAUUCAGAUUCAGCGGACUGCCUCAAAUUGUCUAGACGCAGGCUGUCUGUCAUAAAUGAGCACAGCGUUAUUUUGUGAAUGUAACAAAACAGCUAGAUGUUGUCCGGAGGAUCGAGUGGCAAAGAAUGUCUUGUGUCAGAUUUAAUAAGCACUUUCGUAAGCGUCAUGUAAACUGCCGGAUGCAUUGGCUAUCAGAAAUGUUUUAGUGAGUUUGUUUUUUUUCCCCUCUUCUUCUUCCUCCAUGUAAUGGGUUUCUUAAAUGUGCCAGGUGAUAUUUGCCCUUUUUAAAGAAUUAAGAAAGUAGAAAACGUUUGCUGGGUGUAUUCUGGAGACAUCCAAAGAUAAUCUUAAAGCACUUUUUAGGCCUCGUGGUUUUUGGCUCAAAUUGUUUCAAUCUUGUUGGAUGGAAAAUGCCAAAGGGCAUUACUAGUGGCAGCUAAGCUGACUGUGUAAAAAGAAAUAACAGUCUUUAUAUGACUUUUUUUGUUUUGAACUCACAUUUCUGUGCAAGUACACAUUAACAGGGUCCUCUAAAUUUGGAGAAAGGCAAUCGGUGGAUGACAAUUUUAACAUUUAAUGAUUGUAUUAAGACAUUUCCUUGGGUUUUUUUUUUAUCAUUUCCAAAAUCUUUCACUCCGUAGUUGACAUUUAUCUUCACGGCACCUUUUAUGAUGUUGAAAUAUGAUCAAAGAAAUGCAGCUUUUGCAUUACAUUUUCCUCCCACUGUGCCAUAUACAGAAUGAUCCUUGUUUUUAAGAAAAACAAAAACAACUCUUGUAAAAGUGUGUCUUCUCUUUUUUGAGUAUUACAAAUAUGUUUUGCAGAGAAUGAAUACAUUUCACACGCAUUAAUGCCAGCUGCACCCUACUUAGCCCUACUUUGAAAUAUACUUCAGCAGAAAUGAGUGGUAAAUUUUAAACCCAACCACUGGACCAAAAUGUGAAGUUAUUGUACUCUGACCCAGUCAAGAUUUUUUUUAAUCUUUAAUAAGCUUUACCCUUUUAAAAUAAACUGCAGUAUAAGUCAUAUUUCAUAGGCCUAUAUUUUGAGUUUACGUGGAGGUGAUGCUUCCCCAUUUCAUUUUGUUUUCUCUUUAUUGUACACAGUAUUGUUUGUUGUAUUUUUACUGUAACUAAACUCCGGAUGGUACUAAUAGAGUACCCUGUGUUCUUCAGGGCACUUCAGAACAGGUGCUACAGCUAGAUGUUAUGUUCGAGAUGGAACUGAGAAUAAUUGUAAAAUACAUAUACAGUAUAUAGUAUGUUUUCAAAAGAAUAAAAACCUAUUACUCAAGCCACUGGCCUGAAUACAGACAUUUACGCCAACAACAGACCCUGCCUCUUCAACUUGCUCUCUUUUGAGAUAAUGGGAAAAUGUACAUGUUGCUGUACUGUAAAACAUGUUAUUCAUUUGUAGUACCUAUUUUUUGAGUUUUCAUAAACAUGCUCUGUUUGGGUUUUGUAAAAGCUUAUGUAUGGACUUUACUGUAAUAAUUUUAGUCUACCUGUAUGUUAUUAAUAUUCAUGUUUUAUAUCAGUUAUUUACAUGUAAGCCUUAACUGUUUUAUCAUCCCAUUUCCAUUACUCUGUAUUGUGUUCUGCAGUAUUCAAUUGUGUAAACCUUUUUUUUUUCCUUUUUUUUUCUUCCACAUUUUUCCUUCCGCAUGGAAUUCCUGAGCUGUAAACUGUAUGAUAACUGUUUAACCCAUGUUCCCUAUGAAAAGAUAUUGCGUAGAUUUAUUACACUUUUUCCUGUCUUGCAUUGUGGUUUCAUAAACAGUUUCUAGACAACUAAAUAUGCACAGCCAAGACUGAGAAGUUAAACUAAGGUUAUCAAUGUUUAAAAAAAAAAAAAAGGAAAAAAAAGCUUUGUAUCUUUACCUUGUUUAAUAAACAGACUGUUACAAAUUC